CCUUCUUUUUUCCGAAAUAGUAUUUCACAGCCAGAUAAUGUGGAUCACACCGCAGCGGCCUCUGUCUGGCUGUCUUUCAGUGUGACGAAACUGUCGCUCGUGCCACAGGUAGUUGUGUCGUGGUAAUGCACCGCGAGGGCAACGCUGAUCAAACGAACGAUCAUCAGUUUGAGACCAGUAAACAAUGGCAGCAUUCAAAGAAGCGACUCCUCCAUGGAAGACAACGAUUAUAGUCAGCACAUCACUCCAGAGCCAUGAAACAAACCGGAUGCUCAGCGCACAACAGCACCGAAUCAGACCUUCAGUCACUGUUGAGUCCGGAGCCUUUAUUUUUCCUCUGUCAGGCACUGCAUUUCUGUUGGUUGACCCUCAAGACUUCCCAGAGCAUUUUGAGGAAUCAGGACUCAUUGAGAGGAUAAAGAAGUUUAUGCAAGUACACCGGAACAGCUUUGUACUUCUAUAUGCUCCCUUUAAUGGGAAAAAGGAACUGGAACUCUUGUCAGGGAUUCAGUGCAGAUUCUUUGGCAGCAAUCUCAGGAUUCUGCCCGUGCGAAGCAAUGCUGAGAUUGUUAAAGGAAUGCUGACAAUUGCCAAGGCCACCAGUAAGCCCCAUGUAGACAAUAUCCACGACAGGAUGUCUCUGGCUCAGGCUCACAUCACUGAAAGCAGUCCUGUGUGGGAGAUGCUAAGAGACAUAUUAUAAAAGCUCAGCGGACAAUCCAGCAUGUUCCCACAAACCCUUGUGUUGUUUUAUCUGAUGUGAGCUUUAUUUGGUGAACAUAGAAAUUCAAAGGUAAAACAUGUGUUUCAGCCCAGUUUGCUAUGUUUUGACAUUUCUGACAAUAACAUUGGCAUAGAAAAGUGCACACUAUAUUGAAUACAUGUUUUUUUAUCAGUCAUAAAAUAAACCAGAAAAGAAAUGGUCUGAAG